AUGAGUACUUUGGGACCACCUAGUCUUCUGAAACUGUCAGUAGAAAGCCUGCUGAGGGACAAGGACUUGGUCAUCCAUGUUCUGAAGGACCUUCCCAAGGAUCUCUUCCCACACCUAUUCUGGGAAGCCUAUAAUCGUCAUUGCAAGGAAAUCCUGAAGGCCAUGGUGCCAGUCUGGCCCUUCACCUGUCUCCCUCUGGGUGGUCUCCUGUGUCCUGAGAUUCCACGUUUGAAAGCAGUGUUGGAUGGAAUUGAUGUCCUUCUUUCCCAGAAUGUUUGUCCCAGGAGGUGUAAACUGCGAGUACUGGAUUUACAGGAUACUCAUACUGGUAAAAAAUUCUGGAGUCGGUGGGCUGGAGCCAAGUUUGAUGAGGACUCAUCGAGGAUGGAACUGGUUACUACAAGAUGUUCAGAGCAUAAAGAGCCCUUAUACCUCAUAGAAGUGUACAUAAACCUUGAGAUCAAUGACUCGUACUCAGAUUUACUCUCAACCUACCUCAUUACAUGGGCAAAGAAGAGGAAAGCUGUACACCUGUGCCAUAAGAAAGUGACAAUAUUUUCAAAGAUCCACAAAAAUAAAAAUAUUAUAAUUCAGUGUAUAAAGCCAUUGUGUGUCAAUGAGUUGAACAUAUAUGGCACCUGGUCAUUCUCUGCCCUGAAAAUGUAUGCUUAUCUAUUGGGCAUGAUGAGAAAUCUUACAAGGCUGACUCUUUACAUGAACAGAGAGACUGGAAUAUUCUCUGAAGAGCAAGGAGAUAGGAAGCAGAUUAUCACUCAUUUCAUCUCUCAGUUCCAGCAUCUGAGCCAACUGAGAGAGUUGUAUCUGCUAUCUCCCUUCAUUGAGGGCCAUAUGGACAUGCUGUUCAGGUGCCUCAAUACUCCCUUGGUAGCCCUCUCAAUACUUUACUCUACUGCUCUUAAAUCAGAUAUGAUACACAUGUUCCAGAGCCCACACAUCACUCAACUGAAGGAUCUGUGUCUACGAGGUGUCUCCUUGACCUCUUUCAGUGAGUCCUUGAGAGCUCUGCUGGAGAAAAGUGCGACCACCCUCCAGUACCUGGACUUAUACUUAUGUGGACUCAAUGACUCCAACCUUGAGGCCAUGCUUCCUGCCUUGAGCUGCUGCUUCCAGCUCAGGUUGCUUCGUCUCCAUGGGAAUCAGCUGUCCAUGGCUACCCUGGAGAAGCUACUGCGCUGUACUGCUGGGAUGAGCAGUUUAGGUUUUGAAGUAUAUCCUGUCCCUCUGGAGAGUUUUAGCUCUCAUGGGACAAUAAGUCCUGUGUCACUUCAUGAAUUCUGUUCUCAAUUCUUAAAGAUCCUGCAGGACUUAGGACACUCUAGAACCAUUAUAUUGAGGCCUAAUCCCUGUCCUUAUUGUGUGCUUCCAGUUCUUAUGUUUCUAGUUCAGAAACAAGUAACAGAUUUCAAGAAUCAAAGUUCCCCUGCUAUAUGGAAAAUGUAUUAUAACAGUCCAUUUACAUUAAUACAUGAUCCAAAACAGGUCUAA